AUGGAAUCCCCCAUAGAGGAGCAUGCUGCUAAACUACUUCAAGCUCAAACCCAUAUAUUCAAUCACAUUUUUGGCUUCAUAAACUCCAUGUCCCUUAAAUGCGCAAUUGAGUUAUGCAUACCAGAUGUCAUACACAAGUAUGGCCAACCCAUGCCACUCUCACAACUCAUUGCUUCACUACCAAUCCACCCCUCCAAAACUGGAAGCAUGCAUCGCUUGAUGCGAAUUUUGACCCAUUCUGGUUUCUUCUUUCAACAUAAUGUUACUGAAAAUGAGCUAGAAGUGAGGUAUGGGCUAACCGAUGCAUCUAGAUUACUACUUAAUGAUCAACCCUUGAGCAUGACAUCUUUCUUGCAUUUCAUACUUGACCCAACAUUGGUAAAGCCAUGGUAUCAAUUUUCUACAUGGUUCAAAAAUGAUGAUCCUACUCCAUUUUACAAGGAAAAUGGGAUGGCAUUUUGGGAUUAUGCUGGCCAUGGCCAUGAACCCAAACUUAAUCACUUUUUCAACGAUGCCAUGGCUAGUGAUGCUCGAUUGCUUUCCAAUGUGGUGAUUGAGAAGUGCAAAGGGGUGUUCAUGGGAUUGGAGUCAUUAGUUGAUGUUGGGGGAGGCACAGGGACUAUGGCAAAGGCCAUUGCCAAGUCAUUCCCACAAUUGGAGUGUAUUGUAUUUGAUCUCCCACGUGUUGUUGAUGGCUUGCAAGGAUGUGGGAAUCUAAAAUAUGUUGGAGGUGACAUGUUUGAGGCAAUUCCCCCUGCCGAUUCCAUUAUAUUGAAGUGGAUAUUGCAUAACUGGAACGAUGAGGAAUGCCUGAAAAUACUGAAGAAAUGCAAGGAGGCAAUCGCUAGAAAAGGCAAAGAAGGGAAGAUGAUAAUCAUAGACGUGGUGAUAGGGAAUGAGAAGGGUGAUAAUGAAUUAGCUGAAACGAAGUUUUUGUAUGAUAUGGAGAUGAUGGCGUUGGUCACUGGAAAAGAGAGGAAUGAGAAAGAAUGGGCCAAGCUCUUUUUCUCUGCUGGUUUCAGUGACUACAAGAUAACUCCAGUCCUAGGUUUGAAGUCUCUCGUUGAGGUUUAUCCCUAG